GUUACCAUUAGCUGCAGAGGGUAACAAUGGCAGGUUGCUUUUGGACAAUGUUGUUUCUUCUCUCUGUCCUUUUCAUUCCCACAGAGGAGACAGUGUUUAUAUCAGCUGAUGAUGCAAAUGAAGUUAUCAAGAGACACAGGCGUGCCAGCUCUCUCCUUCUGGAGGAGGUCCUCCAAGGCAGCUUGGAAAGAGAAUGCCUUGAAGAGAGAUGCACACAAGAGGAAGCAAGAGAAGUAUUUGAAAAUGAUGAGAUGCUCAAAAUGUUUUGGGAUAACUACUACGGUGGCCAGAGAUGUUCCUCUAACCCGUGCCAGAACGAUGGCGUGUGCGAGGACAGCAUUCGCGGCUACACCUGCACCUGCACCGAGGGCUACGAGGGGGAGGACUGCGCCUUUGCUAAAAAUGAAUGUCGGCACCAAGGAAAAGAAGGAUGUCACCAUUUCUGCUAUCCAGGAACCAAUUCGUACCGUUGCUCCUGUGCUGAUGGCUACGAGCUCGGGAAGGACAAAAAACAAUGCAUUGCAUUAGAUCAAUGUGCAUGUGGCAGACUUCAAGACAGUGAUAAUCUGAUAAGUGAAACCCUGAAGAAACAUGACAAGCGCUUUCCUUGGCAGGUCUUGCUGUUAAACUCAGAAGGGAAAGGCUUCUGUGGAGGGGUGCUGCUAAAAAGUAAUUUUGUCCUGACCACAGCGGAGUGUGCCCUUCUGCACAGCCAUUUUGAAAUCAGGGUUGGUGCUGGGCACAACAGAACACGUGGAACUGAGAGGAUAAUGCAAGUUCACGAGAAACACAUACACAUCCGGUACGAUGACGACACUGGUGAGAACAACAUUGCGCUACUACAACUCCACGAGCCCGUUGAGUGCAACAACCACCAGCUUCCUGUAUGCAUCCCUGAAAGAGACUUUGCAGAACAUAUUUUGAUUCCCAAAUUGGUUGGUACAGUCAGCGGCUGGAAAAGAGAAGGCGAUGAAGUUCAAGGUGACGAGUUGCAGGUUUCCUACCUCCCUACGGAGGACUGCAAACAAAUACUCAACGUAAGCCUCACGAACAGGCAGUUUUGUGGACGCAUCCAGGAGGUCACAGACAAACGACUGACUGGAGGAAGCUUUAUGGCCACUGAGUAUAAGGGCACUUGGUUUCUGACUGGUAUCCUGGGACCCUGGCCACUAGAAGACGCCGACAGAAAAACAUUUCUGUUUACCAACGCUGCGAGAUAUAUGAUAUGGCUUAAACACAAAAUGAAGUAAGACAAACACAACCAACCCUCCAGCACCAAACCCCUACCAAUCCCUGCAAAGAAACAUUUGGAGGCAGCCAGUAGACACAUUUGACUCUAUCACCAUUUGCAGCAAUGGAAGUUGCAAUGAUGAUACCUAUUUAACUCCAAUUCACACGGAAAAUUCCAUUUGUCUUUCCUUCCUCUGUUGACACACAACACACAGUCAUGACACAGUAAAUGUAGGUGCUUUACUAAUAAAUUGACUGAACUCUAAGUUUCCUAGAACUGUUCGUUCUAAAACUCAAAGUAUUGAUGCUUUUCUGGGCUUUUAAAUGUUACUAGAAGGAAAUGAGUCUUUUUAAUUCUUAUUCCCUUGAAAUGUGGAUCAGUAAACCAAUAUUCUUAUUUCAACCUCUAUACAUGUAAAACUUAUGAAGACCAAGAACACUCCAAGCCUUUAAAUGUUGAUAAAGGACUUGACUCUCUCAUAACACCAGAAAGUUCUUCUCCAUCAUACAUGGCAGCUGUGUUUUUAAUUAUAAAUCAUAAUUCAGUAACUGGGUAAAAUAAAAACUAGACUCCCAAAGAGGGGGAAAAAUGUUUUAUUUUCUUUAUUAAAAAAAAUAUCCCAUCACAACACACAAAGGUAUGUUGUACUCUUCCUCCUCCCCACCCCCAAAAAAUAA